CUCAACGAUAUGUGCAUCUUUAUUUUCUGGAACUUAUUCUGGGGAUACACACAUGACGUUACGAUCUACGUUUUAUUGGAAUUAAAAUCUUCCGAUGAUGACUCUUGCACAAUUGAUGGUCAUGUGGUUAAGAAAGGCGAAUAUUAUCAUCCAAUAGGCAAAUGUGAACGUGUGCACUGUCGUGGCAGCGACCACAUAUCUGGUAUUGGAUGUGGUGUUGUAGCUAUACGUCCUGGUAGUAAAUGUAAACUUAUUCCCAAAGAUCUAACCAAACCUUAUCCCCACUGUUGUGAAUCCUAUGAGUGCUAA